CUGUUCUUGACAACGACGUGGCUGAUUUGAGAAGAGAAAACAUUGUUUUCCUCGCAUGUAAAUCAAGAAAAUUGCAUUUAAAAUGGCUACUUAUCAAGAAUUUAUACAGCAGAACGAAGAUAGAGACGGUGUGCGAUUCAGUUGGAAUGUCUGGCCAUCUAGCCGGCUCGAGGCAACCAGAAUGGUAAUAUAAUUUGAUAUAAUAAGACUGUUAUUAACACGUUGUUUCACAAUGUUAUUAUAUAAAAUUUAUUUAUGGUCCACGCCGUAGAAACCUGUUGAUCUGUAAAUAUGAACAGUGUGAAAUGCACAUUUCCUGAUUUUUCAGCUUAAAGAAGUAUUUAUAAAUAGAGCAUUACUUUCAUACAACAUGCCAUAUAAAAGAUAUGUCUCGUCCUUCAAAAAUCCUCUAUAUUCUUUUUAAAUUUUAAUUUGGGUCCUGGGAAAGUUGAACUCAACACUGCCUUUUCAUAUGAUUCCAAUUAGCCGGACAAUCUUGCCUAGUGGGAUGAAUAUCUUUCAUCUUGCUUGCUAAGAUAAAAUAAUAAUGUGGUUUAUUAUAUCGUGCAAAUGGUAGCAUACAGGGUGCAUUUUAACCCACCCUGGAUGCUACCAUUUGCAUUUGCUACCACUUUAUUGUAAUGUACCAGUCAAUUCCAACUGCGAUCAUCCCCCCCCCCGGGAUUUGGCCAGAGUUUAAUCCCGCACAGGCGGGAAUUUGACGCAAAUCUGAGCCCACCCCGUCGGGCAUUUGACUCGGUCCACGGUUGCACAAAAUUGGUCGGCGGUUGCACACCAAAAAUGUGUCCUCUUUAGAGCAUCUUACUCGGUAUCUUAUGGAAAAUUAUACAUAAAUUUUACGUUUUAUAUAAUACCAUUUAAAGUGGAAGUCAAGUCCGUUCUGCGCAUCGGUUCUGCUAUAACAAUGUGAGGACCUCUAAUGUGAAGAUUGCCCAAAUUUCGAAUGUUUCGAAUUUUUCUGAACUUAAACUCUAUUUCAUAUUCAUUUAGAAGCAUAGCGAACCAAAAUAGUGUUAGAUAUUCAAACAGUACAUCAUAUUUUAAAAAAUACAGCAGUUCAAAAUGUAAACAAACCAUUUGUUUAAAUUAUGGACUUGACUUCCACUUUAAAUAUGCCUUUGUUCAAAGUCUGGAACAAGAGCAGGGACAUUAAAAAAGCUGUUGUUGCUUCCUGUUUUACUGAAUUUGUCUCAAAAACAAAACAAGACAUGUGAAAAUAGCACAACAAAAAACAACAUUCAUGACCUAAAAUAAAUGGUUCCUCUGUUAAAAACUUUCACCUUUGUCCAUGAUAUAAUUAAUUUGUGAUGAUUAAUGAUAUGACAUAUUAAAUAUAAACAGUCAUGGGUAUGCCGUAUCAGGCCCGGACGGAGGGGCAUUUGACGAUGGUUUUCGCCCACACCGUGGGUAAUUUGACCAAAUUUUUUCGAAAAGUCAAAUUUCUAGGGGUUUGCCCGGGGGGGGGGAUGAUUGCAGUUGGAAUUGACUGGUACAUAAUUUGCCAAACUCACAACGAAGAUCUUCGGCAUGAGUUUGGUAAAUUACAAUACUAUCUGUAGUUAAUAUUCGGUGUAUAUUUGGCAUAGAGUUUACAUGGAAUGCACCCGGGUAGCCAGCAUGGCUGGCUCUUUUAUAAGUAGAGCCUGCCCAAAAGCCCUAGUAAAACUGAUACUGCCUACUUAGUUAAUAUUCCAUAUUAACACCGCCCACUCGAAAUAGUUUUGUAUAAAUGAUGACUUGAAAUGUCAAUUGUUGCAUAUUUACUAUAGCCGCGCUACAUGCUUUCAAUAAACUUUUUACAAUAGAUGGAUAGCGAUUCAACUGCCUGGAAAUACAAGCAAAAUGUCAGCAUUUCGAGCGAAGGGUUAGGCCCUUCGACUUUGUCUGGAAAUUAAUAGUAGACGAAGACCGUUCAAAAUUAUAUUAUGCUUUGCACCUGUAUGGCUGUACUACAGUUAUAAAUAUUGCAGUAUUAAAUAUAAUAAAUGACUUAGGAAAAGUAAAUAGACCCCUUCCCGUGUUAUACACAUUGGCAGGCAAAUGUAUUUUAAAAGCUCCAAAGAGAGCUUCGUAUUAUUAUGGUGUAUUAAUUAAACACAAUGGGGAAUGAUUCUUGUGAUGUUACUCUGAGUGUAUAUCCACCAGGGUGCGAUAAUUCAAUAUUUUUGGCCGUACCUGACUGGUACUCCGACAACUUUUGCCGCGUACCUGAUCUGGUACAAAUUUAUUAAGAGUCAAGACGUACCUAAGACUACUUCCGAGUCAUGCGUCUUUAUACCUACGUAUCGUUUUAAAUAAAUACUGGUCCAAAAGCAAAAAAUGUAUGGGCAAUUUUGUACAAAUGAAUCUUUAAUUAUGGUUUUUGUACAACAUAAUAUACCAGUUCUCAAAGCGUCGACGUUGUGACUCGAAUGCCAUCGCUCAUUUACAGUGGAUUUACCGAGGGUGCUAACUGUUUGACCUCAGCUACAUACAGUGGUGGUUCAGUGGUUCCGGUUUCAUAUCGCCAAAACAUUAGGGUAGAUAGGUGGGAAAUUUUUGAAUAUUUUUUUCAUGGUUUUGGCGGGUUUUUGCUGGGCGAUUUUCAGUAGAGUCCCGACAUCAAUAUUAACUAGAGAUGCGUAGUUCCUACGGACGAAUUUAGGCAAUUUGGUUCAAUAAUAGCGAGCUUAAGCAUGCGACGUUUUUGACAACACGAACGUUGACCGGAAGCAAAUUUGUCGUUAUCAACCAACCAACAAACAUUCUUGACCCAGUCUUUUAACGUUACUCAUGCCGUUCGUGUUGUCAAAAACGUCGCUUGCUUAAGCUCGCUAAUUAUUGUGACAACAGACGUCAUUUUGGCACGCGCUGUACGAGCAGCCCGUAACUACCCGGAGAAAAUAGGGUCGCACGGUCAAUCGUGUUGAAAAAAAUAAUAGGGUGGGCAGAAAAAAAUAGGGUCGGUCGGGAAACCGAAACCACAGGUAUUUUUUUAGGCCUUGGUAUAGCAUUGACAAUUAAGCCCAGGUCACACCACACAACGAUACGAUAACUUGUAAACACGCGAUGAUUGGUAAAAAAUUAUGUUGGUGUCCACACAACGAAAACGAUAAAAUUAUCGUUUGACGAUAACGAUUUUAAAAUCGCUCACCCGAGCGAUUUUUUUUCAGUCGGACGAUGACGAUACAUUUUUUGAUCAAGCGCAAAGAUAACCUUUUGGCUUUUUUCAUCCCAAAGUAUGUCGGAUGAGUGGAAUUUACAUGUACGGCUAAAGUUCUUCACGGUUUUGAAUACUUUGGCAGGUUGGCUAGUUAUUGCUAGAAGGAAAAUGUAAGUACGCGAAUAGUAAAUUUCCGCGUACCUACGUGGUACUUGGCUAAAAACAAAGAAGUACCAGACCAUAAAUUUGGCGUACCUCCGGUACGUUGGUACGCGAAUUAUCGCACCCUGUAUCCACACUGGGCAAGCUUGAAAAAUAUGCCUGACCACGGUGGGAAUCGAACCUACAACCUUUGGAAAUACUAGCCCACACUCAGAGUAACAUCACAAGCAUCAUAUUCACCAGAUAUACACUCAGAGUAACAUCACAAGCAUCAUAUUCACCUGAGUACAUUACACCAACACAGAAAAAUCAUGGACAAUGAGGAAUGUACAGUAUUAUUUUAUAUAAUCGUAUUAAAUUUGCCAGCCAGCAAAAUAUAAACAAGGCAAGGACAGCCAAGGUUUUAUACUCUAUAAACCAUACAGUAAAAUCAUACAGUAAAAUCAUACGACAUAUGCAGUAAUAGCAGUAUGGCUUGCCUUAUUCUGUUUAGAUACCAGUAUAUGUUAUACCAUAUUAACUAUGUUAUACAUUUUACACUUUGUCUUUUGAAUUUUAUGCUGUUUGUUUUUACUGUAUUUAUUUUUACAUAUUUGAAUAAAUUAGCGUAACAUGUCAAUCAACCUGUCGUUAACGUAAAUUCAGCCAAUCACAAUUCUCGGCGGCUGGCUGCCGAGAGUGAUCAAUUUGACUAGGGCUUUCGGGCAGGCUCUACUUAUAAAGAGCCGGUCAUGCUGGCUAGCACCCGGGUGUAGCAUGAUGCACGUUAGGUGUGAAGCAAACCAUUACUGCGACAACAUAACAUGUGAAGCGUGCCAUUUAUGAACACUCAGGUUUAUUGAAUUUUGGUUGCAGAAACAUGUUAUGUUCACUUGGAAAUUAUCUUUUAAAAAUUGAAAUGAAUGAUGUCACCAUUACUCAGCCGCUGACAUCACAUUGCAUGAAUAGUUGGCACUGUAAUUGCUUGGGCAAUCACUAAUAAUCAGCUUAUCUCUAAACAGCUAAACCCGCAACUGGUCAAAAAUAAUUUUGUUUAUGUCCUUGCCUUGCAGGUGGUUCCAGUUGGAUGUAUGUAUACACCUCUGAAAGAAAGACCAGACUUGCCUCCUAUAUGUUAUGAUCCUGUUGUUUGUAGCCGAAGCAGUUGCAAAGCUAUUUUAAAUCCUUUCUGGUAAGCUUACUGUAAUUGCUUUACUCAUGUACUGUAUGCUAAACAAUCUCCUCUUGAGUAGGAUUGUGCCCGAUAGUUUUUUGCUGGAACUAGAAUGGCCUUUUACCUUUUAGACCCUGUGUUGCACUUUAAUGGAUUAAUUAUUAAGGUCUAACACCCUUCCAUUUGUGUCUAAUCACAAUCGAAUUUGUUGCAGAUAAUUUCAGUCACAUUGAUUGCCAUUCUUGAUUUUAUUGCAGUAUACACUACACAGAGUUUUGACUCCUUGUUGGUGCCUUUGGCAUUAUCAGCCAGUGCAUUAAGGAAGGCUGUCACCCCCAAAAUCAUUCAAAAUGGCGGGCUUAUUUGGGGGAUGAAUGUAUUUUGUUUUAAGUGCAAUGGCUCGGAACAUGGCAACCUGUUGUAGUUGGUUACAGAUUUACACUGAAUAGUCAUUAGGCCUAAAAAAACUAGCUGUGGUUCUGGUUUCAUAUCGCGAAAAAAAUUAGGGUUGGUAGAUCGGAAAUAAAUUUUUUUUUUAAAUAUUUUUUUUAUGUUUUUUUUUCAAUAAUUAGUGUGACAACAGACACCAUUUUGGCAGCAGCCCGCAACCACCUGGAGAAAAUUGGGUCGCACGGUCAAUUGCGUUGAAAAAAUAAUAGGGUCGUCAGAAAAAAAUAGGGUCUGUCGUGAACCUGAACCACAGGUAUAUUUUUUAGGCCUUACUCCGUGAUUUCAAGCAUGCACUGCUUAAACCAUACGGUUGCUUAAUUAAGUUAAUUUAUGCUCUCUAUUGUCUGCCAUAGUGGGUUAUGGAUUUACUGGCAAAGUUGCCUGUAGUGCUUAUUAUUGAUGUUUUUCCUAUUAUUUUAUAGCCAAGUGGACUACAGAGCAAAACUUUGGCACUGCAAUUUUUGCUUCCAGAGAAAUGCUGUGAGUUUUUUCUACUUUCAAUAAUUAUAUCAGAGACAAACACAAUGUGGUUUUGUUAAAAGAUAUUCAAGGAAAUUCUGGAAGGUUACAUGCUUGUCAUUCAAGAAAGGAGUCGAAAUAGUGUUCCAAGCUUGAAUGAAAACUGCAGCCUGUUACUUAUUGUGUCUAUUAUGCACUAGUCAUUCGAAACCCCCCAACCCCGGGACUAAGCGGAGUUUUAACAGGAUUUAGCAGAGGAAAUACAGGAUUUUAACAAACAUCGAUUUUCUAGUAGCCGGGUUUUAACACUAGCAAGAAGCAGUGGGGCAUGUGUGCCAGGUUUUAACGACCGGGUUUUAACCACCAUUUUACGUGUUUUUAUGGUCCAGCAUGGACGUUCAAGAUGACUUUCAGACGAUUUUUUCUUAUUCAAUAUUCCUUUAUUUUCUAAUUUCUACUGUGAAAAUCAGAGGAAAUUGAACAUAAAACUUUGUCCAGGGGAGCCAGGUUUUUUAAGUCCUUUAUUGUCGAUUUCAGGUAACUUUUCAACAUGCUGUUCCCAAGUUUGUUGCAAACUUGCCUAUUAUGUUGUCAAGUUUGGAAAUUAGGCGUGAACUUCACAACAAAGUUUGCAAGUUCAUUUCAAAGUUCGAACUUUGAUUGUAAACAAAUGUUCAUACUGUAGUUGGAGUUGAAAUUACUGCAUAAGGCCCUAUGCACGUAUUACUGCAGUAAAAUAUUGGUCCAGUGGUCUCCCAAGACGAAAAAUGCAUUUUUAAAUAAAUUUAUAAAUGAAAUUUUUACAUUUGUUUACAAAUAUCAAAGUUCAAACUUUGAAAUGAACUUGCGAACUUUGUUGCAUAUACUCAUUUCCAGUGGCUCUUGAAAGCUUGUUUUGCCCUAAUGGAUGACUCUAGCUAUUCACGAAAGUUUGAUCUAGACAAGAAGAACAAAAUUUAUUACCAUAGCUGGACAUAGCAUCUUAAAAUGAGUAAAAUUGCAAAGUUUGGUUGUGAAUUGUUGUAAAAUGAGGAAAAUAUAGCCCUGUGACGUUCGCAAAUUUUGUAUAUACUUGCACCUGAAAAAUAACCAUUUUUGAGCCGAAAGUACAUGUAGUUAUUUUUACCACACGCAAUACAAAAUAUAUACAAAAUUUGCGAACUUCACAGGGGUAUAUUUUCUUCACUUUACAACAUUUAGCAACCAAUCUUAGCCGUUUUACUCAUUCUAAGACGCUCUUUCUAGCUGUGGUUUGGAUUUCGUUCUUCUUGCCUUGAUCAAAAUUUAGUGUAUAUCUGGAAUCACCCAUUGUUUUAGUAUUUGGUUACUGUUUAUCAAUGUCCAAAUGUGGGAUGCUACAGUAAGAUUUUCUUGGUGGAUACCAAAUUCCAAGUUACUAGUAUCCCUUUGGAUAGUGCUGGGAACCCUGGUAUAUAUAGUAAUAACAGUAGAUUCCAGCCCUCAAAAACCGUCAAAAUUGAGGUCGGCAAAAAAAUGCCGACCUACUGUACAUCUGACCCAGGUCGGCACGUCUCGGCAUUUUUCAAAAUGAGUUUACGUGUUUUGGAGCACUAGUAAUCACGUAUGCGAAUCAUUGAAAUUGGAAUAUAAAGCAUGCCUUUUUCCGCGGAAACGCGAACUACAGUAACACGACGGCUUUUCUUUUGAAGUCUUACCUAAAUUAAUUAUACAUAGAAUUUUUAAACAAUUUUUAAACCUUACACCGAAGUGUAUUUAGUUAAUGGAACUAUGAAUCGAAUUCUAUAUCGCUGACUUUUUAACAGCUAUCAGCACCAAAAAAGAUUCUUACUUUGGCUGAAUUAAGGUCAGUAAAGAUUUGCCGACCUGGGAGGUUGAUACAGUAGGUCGGCAUUGCCGAAUGCCAACCUUGUUUUCAGUGUAAUAGUUUGACAGGGUUUACAGAUUGGUUGGGAGUAAGAGCUUUGGCAUCAGAGAAUGGCAAUUCUUACAGCCUGUCACUUGAAGUCUGCAAACACUAAUGCUGACUGUGUUUAUUCUUCCUGUAGUUUCCUCCUCAGUAUGCUGGUAUCAGUGAACAACAUCAACCCGCUGAACUUAUUCCUCAGUUCUCUACCAUUGAGUAUACUUUACAG